AUGCCCAUGAAAAAGAAAAAAACAGCCCACAGAGCAGAGGAAGAAACCAAAGAUGUGGAUGACGACGACUCAGAGGAUCUGUGGUCAAAGCCCCACAGAAAAAGUCCACAGGUGAGUGAAGAUGAGGAUCCUAGAGGUCUGAGCAAAAAGAAGAAACAGAAAAUUAAAGACAGUGAAGAAGAAGGAUACAGCUCUAACAACUCAGGGCCUGAUGUGAGGAGUGUAAAGAAAAAAGAAAAGGUAAAAAACAAGAAAGGCAAAGAGAAGAGUGGGGAUGAGUUGAGCCAUGGGUCCAGCACAGAUGACGAGGAUAACAACAAUGGUAGAAAAUUUAAAAAGACAGCAGAGAGACUCCCUGAUGUGAUCCAGACCACCAAGAAGACCAAGAAGACCAAGAAGAAGACAUCAAUCAAAGAGAGCCAGCGGGACAACAUGGGCUCCAAGGACAAAAAAAACAAAGAUGAAGACAAAAACGAUAAGAAGGAGUCACAGAAAGGUGAGGAACAGCCUGCCGGGGACGAGGAAGGAGAGGGGAAAAAGAAAAAAAAAGAGAAAGAGAAGAAGACAAAGAAAGGUUCUGUGAAGGGGGAGAGCGAUGAGGAAAUCAAGAAGACAAAAGGCAAGAAGAAGAAAGUUGAAAAUUACGUGGAGAUCUAUGAGAAUGAGCUUCGCAACUACGAGCCAGAUAAAGUCGAAAACUACGAGGACGAAUACCAUAAGAAGAAAGUGUAUGAGGUGGUGACCAUAACUGGAGAUGAGAGAGGUGCAGGCACUGAUGCCAAUGUGUUUAUCACUCUGUUUGGAGAAUAUGGCAUCACUCCUAAGGUGCACCUUGCCAGCAAAAGUCGAACAGCGUUUGAAAGGGCCAAAACAGAUGUAUUCCGGAUUAAAACCCACAAUGUUGGACCCCUGAAAAAGAUAAGGAUUGAGCAUGAUAACACCGGGCUGAAUGCCAGCUGGUUUCUAGACAGGGUGGUGGUGACGGACGUGAUCAGGCCCCAUUUAAGGUUCUACUUUGCUUGUAACAACUGGCUCAGUAAGGUGGAGGGAGAGGGUCUCUUUGUCAGAGACCUGCUGGGAAGCAUGGACCCCAUGGAGAUGCCCAAAUAUAAUAAGUAUGUUAUCACAGUCUUCACUGCUGAUGUUAAAGGUAGCGGGACAGAUGCAGAUGUCUUCAUCAAUAUCUUUGGAGAGUUCGGAGACACAGGGGAGAGGCGACUCGACAAUGACAAAAACAACUUUGAAAAGGGCACCGAGGACAAGUUCACUAUUGAAGCUCCAAACAUGGGCAAAGUGAGGAAGAUCACCAUCGGCCACAAUAACAAAGGCUCCUCACCUGGAUGGUUUGUGGAUAAGGUGACUGUGGAUGAUCUGGGGAACAAGAUGAUGUAUGAGUUUCCAGUCCAACGGUGGUUUGCUAUCGACGAGGAUGACGGGAAAAUCCAGAGGGACAUUCUAGUUGGAGGAAGCCAGCCAACAGGUAUUGUGUACAACGUCCAGAUCGUGACAGGGAACAUCCGAGGUGCAGGGACCAACUCUAAGAUCCACAUUGCAAUGCACGGAUCCAAGGGCUUGAAAAACAGCGGCAAGGUGUUUUUGGAGGGGGGUAUGUUUGAGCGAGGGCUCACAGACAUCUUCAUCGUUGAGAUUGCUGCCCUCCUCAGCCCCCUCAGCAGAGUCACCAUUGGACAUGAUAACUGUGGGGUCAGUGCUGGCUGGUUCUGUGAGAAGGUGGUGGUCUACUGUCCCUUCACAGGGAUCGAGCAGACAUUCCUAUGCAGCAAAUGGCUGGAUGAGCGAGAAGGAGAUGGCCUGAUAGAGAGAGAGCUCUUCGAGAUGGUAUCUCUCAGGCAGAAGAGACAGAAGAAGCACCCGUGGUCCUUGUGGAUCUGGACAUCAGACCUGACCAACGCAGGGACAGACGCCGACAUCUACAUCCAGAUCUAUGGAGAGAAGGGCAAGUCAGAUGAGCUCAGACUGGACAACAAAACAGACAACUUUGAACAGGGCCAGAUCGACAAAUUUAUGGUGGAGUUACCAGACCUUGGGAACAUUACCAAAUUUCGCAUCUGGCAUGAGAAGAGAAAUCCCUUUGCAGGAUGGCAUCUCAGCAGGGCAACUCUGAUGAAGACACUAACAAAGGAGAAGUUCAAGUUCUCCUGCGAGCGCUGGCUGGACUCGAAUGAGGACGACAACGAGGUUGUGAGGGAGCUGCCUGCCACAGGAGAGCUCAUCCCUGAGCCUCUGACCCUGGUAAAAUACCGAGUGGUCGUGUGCACAGGGAGCGUCAGUGGCAGUGGCACCGAUGCAUCUGUAUUUCUCAACCUGAUCGGAGACCAAGGAGACACCGGUCAACGUGAGCUGGUCAACUGCAAAAACAAUGUCAACAAGUUUGAGAAGGACAAUAUGGAUGAGUUCAUAAUCGAGGCGGUGUCCAUUGGGCAAGUGCGCAGGGUGAGGAUUGGUCAUGAUGGCCGAGGCGGGGGGUGUGGCUGGUUCCUGGAUAAAGUGGUUGUUAGGGAAGAGAGUCAGGCUGAGGCCCAGGGUGUGGAGUUCCCCUGUCAUAGGUGGCUUGACCGUAAUGAAGACGAUGGACAGAUCAUUCGAGAGUUAGUGCCGUUCUCAGAUGGACAAUGUCUUUACAAUAUCAGCUAUCACAUUGCGGUGAAGACUGGUGACGUCCCUGGUGGCAGUUCAGACUCCAAUGUGUUUGUUAAGCUCUAUGGGGAGAAAGGUGACACCAAUAAGACGAUGCUGUUGGUCUCAGACAACAACCUCAGGAACUACUUUGAGACAGGCCGCACUGACAUCUUCACAGUGGAAACGUUUGACAUUGGACAGAUCAACCGGCUAAUGAUUGGCCACACCAAUGAGGGCAUGCAUGCAGGCUGGUUCUUGGACAGUGUUCAGAUCAUGGUGCCAGUCCAUGGUAAACACUACAUGUUCCCCAGUCACCGCUGGCUUUGCAAGGAUGAGGCCGAUGGAAAGACAGAGGUGGAGAUUUACCCCAGCGAGAUCCUGGACAGUGAGCAAUUGAUAAACUAUGAGAUCACAGUAGUUACUGGAGACGUGACAUUUGCUGGCACCAAUGCCAGGGUGGUCAUGCAGAUCUAUGGGGAAAAGGGGAAGACUGAGAUCAUCAGCCUCAAAAGCAGAUCCAACAUCUUUGAGAGGAAUGCCACAGAUAUAUUCAAGAUAGAGGCAAGAGACGUGGGGAAGGUCUUCAAGAUCCGCAUUGGCCAUGACGGGUCAGGAAUCGGAUCCGGCUGGUUCCUGGAGAAAGUGGACGUGAAGCGCCUGACCAUGGCCUUGGUGCCCAAGGAGAAGAAAAAGGAGGACAAGAAAAAGAAGAAGAAAAAAAAGAAGGAGGAGGAGGAUGAAGAGGAGGAGGGUGGAGAGGAGGAUUGGCAGGAAGUGGUGCUGACGUACCACUUCCCCUGCUCCCGCUGGCUGGCCCGUGAUGAAGAGGACAGGGAGUGUGUGGUGGAGCUGCUGCCUGAGGAUGCAGAGGACCUGGAAGAGAACACAUACGAAGUGAGCAUCUUCACUGGCGACAUGCCGGGUGCUGGGACCGAUGCCAACGUCUACAUUAAUAUUUAUGGAGAAAAUGGGGACACUGGAGAACGCUACCUCAAGGACUCUGACAACCUUAACAAGUUUGAGAGACGGCAGGAGGAUGUUUUCACCAUAUCAGCUGUUGAUCUGGGCCCUCUAAAGAAACUACGCAUUCGUCAUGAUAACACACACUGCUAUUCAGCCUGGUACCUGGACCGCGUGGAGAUCAUGGACACGAAGGACAAUACAACUUACUACUUCCCAUGUAACCGCUGGCUGGCAGUGGACGAGGAUGAUGGGCAGGUUGCGAGAGAGCUUGUGCCUGUGGACGAGGCCUUCGUGAGGAAAAAUGAGGAUGAGGAGGGCUCAGGGGCCACUCUGGGACUGGAGCAGAAAGCUAUGUCCACCACAUAUACUCUCAAAAUCAAAACGGGAGAAAAACAGUACGCCGGAACUGAUGCCAAUGUUUUUGCCAUCCUUUUUGGGGAAAAUGACGACACGGGGGUAAUCAACUUAAAGGCGUGUAUGUCCUACAAGAAUAAAUUUGAGCAAGGAAUGGUUUAUGAGUUCACUGUGGAGGCCGUGGACCUGGGAGAGCUGGAAAAACUACGAAUCGGCCAUGACAACUCGGGAGGUUCACAUGGUUGGUUCUUGGACUGGGUUGAGAUUGAUGCCCCAUCACAAGGUCAGAAAUUGUGUUUCCCAUGUGGCCGCUGGUUUGAUAAAGGAGAAGAUGACGGCGCCGUAGUGAGAGACCUGUACCCUGCUGAGUUACAGACUGAACUCUAUAUGCCAUUUGUGCCUUAUGAGCUUAAGGUAUACACCAGCGAUGAGUUUGGCGCGGGGACGGAUGCGGAUGUGUUUAUCGUCUUGUAUGGAUGCAAGGGCGUGUGCACACAGCAGAAACACCUCUGCGUCAACAAGAGAGAGAGGCGGCUGUACUUCGAGAGGGGAGCCGAGGACAUGUUUAUCGUGGAGCUAGAGGAUGUCGGUGACACCAUUGAGAAGAUCAGGAUAGGACAUGACAACAGGGGCUCCAACCCUGGAUGGCACCUUGACAGAGUGGAAAUCAGACGACAGCUUCGAAAAGGAAAGGGUUCGGAGACGACCAUAUUCCCAUGCGAGCGCUGGCUGGCAAAGUCUGAAGACGACGGCGAGACGGUCAGAGAGCUGGUCCCCUCUGAAAUCAUCACUGAGAAACUCCUCCGAGAUGGCACACUGAAACGCACUGAGAUCGAGGUGGAGGACGCCCUGGAAACUCACACAUACAAAGUGUCUGUGAGGACGGGUGAUAUGUAUGGAGCAGGAACCGAUGCCAAUGUCUUUCUCACCAUUUAUGGGGACCUGGGAGACACAGGGGAGCGAAAGCUCAGCAAGUCUGAGAACAACAGCAACAAGUUUGAAAGAGGAGAGGUGGACAAGUUCACUAUUGAGGCUGUGGACCUGGGCCAAGUGUAUAAGAUCCGUAUCCGUCACGACAACUCUAUGCUGGGGGCUGACUGGUACCUGGACCAGAUAGAGGUACUGGACAUGGAAACAGAGGAGGUGUACAUGUUCCUCUGUGAGCGCUGGCUGUCAAAGAAGAAGGAAGACAAACGCAUAGAGAGAAAUUUCUUCAUCAAGGGAUAUGAGGGUGAGAGACAUAAUGACCCAAACUCCAAGAAGAUAACCCAGGCCAAGUUAGGGUUGGACAGAAAUGCCAAUAAGAAGAAAAAGAAGAAAAAGGCAGCAGCUGUUGAGGAGGGUCCAAUUAUCCCAUAUCACUUCACUUUGUCCACUGGGAUGGACCGCGAUGCCGGCACUACCGCCAGGGUGUAUGUCAUCAUCAUAGGAGACAAUGGCCUUGAGACAGACCGUCUGUGGCUGGACCUGCCAGAGGGGAAGAUGUGUUUUGCAGUCGGUACCAUGGAACACUUGUGUGAUGGAAUGGAUGUCGGGGAGAUCAAGAGGGUAGAACUCGGCCAUAACGGUGCCACCCCAGAGAGCUGCUGGUUGGUGGAUGAGCUGUCGAUUGCUGUGCCAACCAAAGGUAUUAAGCACAUCUUCCAGUGUAAGUGUUGGCUGGCUAAAGACAGAGGAGACGGUCUCACUGCUAGACUAUUCAACGUCCUGGACUCCGCCACUAUCAAUAUUGUCCGCAAGGUCAUCUAUGAAACCACAGUAGUCACAGGUAACAUCCAGUACGCAGGAACUGAUACCAACAUCUUUCUGACUGUAUUUGGGGCCAACGGGAGGACAGAGGAAAUGCUGCUACACAAGAAUGAAGACAGAUUUGAAAGAGGCCAAGAAGAUACAUUCAAUCUAGAGAUCGAUGAUAUUGCUCCUCUCAAGAAGAUCAGACUUCGGAUUGAUGGCACUGGAAGUCGGCCAGACUGGUUUCUUGACAAGAUCCUUAUGCGGAACAAAACCACAGAGGAAGUAUAUAUGUUCACCUAUGAGAACUGGAUUUCCAAGACCAAAGGGCCACAGAGGACCAAGGUGUGUGAGCUGCCAGCUGUGGUGGAGGAGGAGGAGAUGGUGGAGAAAACCACCUACAUCAUCCAAGUUAAGACCAGUGAUAUCGGAGGUGCUGGGACUGAUGCCAAUGUGUUGUUGAUGCUGUUUGGAGAGUUCGGGGACACCGGGACACUAGCUUUGAAGGAGAGCACUAACAGGAACAAGUUUGAGCGUAAAAUGAAAGACGUUUUCCGUUUCUCUGAAAUGCUCAGUCUCGGGGAGCUGUCCAAGAUCCGGGUGUGGCAUGACAACAAAGGCCCCGCACCUGGUUGGCACCUGGAGUACAUUGAUGUAAAGGAUGAGGCCAUGAACCAGACUUUCAGGUUCCCCUGCGACCGCUGGCUGGCUAAAAAUGAGGAUGACAGACAGAUCAUGAGAGAGCUGGCCUGUGCCAACAAUGACGCUGUAGACCUCAAUGACAAAAUCAAAUAUGAAAUUGCCACAACGACUGCUAACACAGAGGAUGCGGACACCACAGAGAAUGCUUGGAUUGUGCUGGAAGGGAAGAAAGCCCGUUCUAAAGAGUUUGUUCUGGAGAACAAGAAGAAGAAGUUCUUAUGCGGUGCCACUGACACCUUUGAGUUUUCAUCCAAGCACGUGGGCGAGAUAGCUGGUAUCUGCCUCGGCCAUAUAACCAAAGAUGGCAAGAAAGUCAAGAGCGAGGGAUUCUGGCACAUCAUGGAAGUGGUUGUGACAGAGAAGGAGCUGGGAAACAAGUAUUUCUUCCACUGUGAUGCUCAGAUUCCCCUGGCAGCCAAAAAGGAUCAGUACCAGACCUUUGAGUGCUACAAGUCCAUAGAGAGUUUCGCAAGCAAAGUCCGCAAUCUUGUCCCCAUCAAGUAUGAGAUCAUCGUCAUUACUGGAGACGUCAAAGCGGCGGGCACAGAUGCAGGUGUUUUCAUCACCAUUUACGGCAUCAACGGCGACUCUGGCAAGCGGCAGCUGCGACAGAGGUUUCGGAACCUGUUUGAACGGGGUCGGACGGAUCGCUUUGUCCUGGAGAUGCUGGAUUUGGGAGAGCUGCUGAGAGUUAAGGUGGAGCACGACAACUUUCGCACCAACUCCGGGUGGUACCUUGAGUGCAUUGAAGUAAUCAAUACAGCCAACUCUGUGACCACUAUCUUCCAGUGUGGGAAGUGGUUGGAUGUUAACAAGGCCGACGGGCAGAUCCAGAGAGUGCUCUACCCAAAGUAUUAG